AUGCUAGUGUCGCUAAAGAAUAGCAAGGAUCUGAUUAGAACGAUGGUUAGUGGAUUGGCUGCGUCUGGAACUGUGAGGAGGUAUAACCCGCCACCGGCACCCAUGCCGCACGGCGGUGCGAGGAUGAGCAGGCCCUGUGCUGAUUGCACUUGCUCGCCAGGGCUGUUGUCGCGUCAGGGCCGCCGUGUGUCCUUGUUUAUGCGGCAGAUGGAGAACACCAGGAGGCGCUCGCAGCGGAACUCGGUGCUGAUGUCCGCGGCCGGGAGUCCCACGACGGCGGUUAACUCGGGGAAUGUGUCCGUGUACUCUUCGGACUCUCUGUGCCAGAGCACGCGCGAGAUAAACACCACGGAGAGGCUGCUGGCGCUGCGCAAGGAGAUGGCCAAGGAAGGAAUAUGCUGCUACCUGGUGCCCAGCGCGGACGAACACCAGUCAGAGUACGUGUCCGCGGUGGACCAGAGACGUGCGUUCAUAUCGGGGUUCUCGGGGUCCGCGGGGAUCGCGUGUGUCACGCGUGACCUGCUGAACUUCAACGAGAAACACCCAGACGGGAAGUCGAUAUUGAGCACAGACGGCCGGUACUUCAACCAGGCCAGGCAGGAGCUGGACUUCAACUGGACACUGCUGCGCCAAGGUGAGGAUCCGCUCACUUGGCAGGAGUGGUGCAUCAGAGAGGCAGUAGAGAUGUCCGAGGGUCUCGGCGGGAAGCCUGCCAAGAUUGGUGUGGAUCCAAAACUGAUCUCCUUCGAAGAAGUGAAAGCUUUCGAAAAACUGAUAAAGGAGAAAACAGAGGAUAAAAACUGCGACGUCUCUCUGGUCCCAGUAGAGCGGAACUUGGUGGAUACCAUAUGGAAAAAAUUCGAACCUAUCCCAGAAAAACCAAACAACGGCCUAUUGCUAUUGGGCUCAGAGUACCACGGCGAAGAUUUCAAAACGAAGAAGGAAAAAGUACUAAAGGACUUGAACGAAAAGCACCUGCAACCAUCAUCAGGCUCUGCAAAGAAGAAUGCAACUUUCAUAACAGUAGCACUAGAUGAAAUUUGCUGGUUCCUGAACUUGCGUGGUUCCGAUAUCGAGUACAACCCCGUCUUUUAUGCUUAUUUAUUCGUUAACGACAAAGAGACUAUCCUUUUCACUGAUGACACUUAUAAUGAUGAGAUUAAGAAAUACUUUGAAGAUAAUGAGAUCAUAGUUAAGCCGUACAACGAGGUAUGGGGUCACUUGGUAUCUGUAGCGCAAGCUCCUGUUAGCAGUGACUCCGGAAAGACCGCCUUCUUAUUGCCAGAUGUCUCCUCGUGGCAACUUGUCCGUUCUGUGGCGGGCUCUCCAUAUAAGAUAGUACACUCACCAAUAGAUAUGCUGAAAUCGGUCAAAAAUGAUACUGAGAUCGCAAACGCACACAGAGCUCAAGUGAAGGAUGCCGUGUGUUUAAUUCAAUACUUUGCAUGGCUAGAAAACCAACUGAUAAACAAGGAAGCAUUAAUCGAUGAAUAUAGCGCAGCAGAAAGACUUAUAGACAUAAGGAAAACACAGAAGAACUUCAUGGGUAAUUCAUUUGAGACUAUAUCGUCUACAGGUGCAAAUGCGUCGGUCAUUCACUAUGCACCACCAAAGGAAGGUUCCUCAAUGAUUGAUCCAUCUAAGAUAUACCUGUGCGACUCCGGUUCUCAGUUCCUAGAAGGUACAACUGACAUUACAAGAACUUUGCAUUUCAGUGAGCCAACAGAAGAGGAGAUCAAGAACUAUACUUUAGUGUUGAAGGGUAACUUAGCAUUAGAGAGACUUGUGUUCCCGGAGAAGACUAACGGUAUGAGCAUAGACGUUAUUGCUAGACAGUAUUUGUGGUCGUUUGGUCUCGAUUACAGGCAUGGUACUGGUCACGGUAUCGGUUCAUUCUUGAACGUACACGAAGGCCCAAUAGGUGUUGGUAUUAAACCACACCUGGCUAAUUAUCCACUGCAAGCGGGCAACAUCAUAAGUAAUGAGCCUGGUUUCUACAAAGAUGGUGAGUAUGGUAUCAGAAUUGAAAACGACAUGCUGGUCAAAUACGCAGACGGUUUAAAAUUCGGUGACCGUAAGUUCCUAAAAUUCGAGAACAUCACAUUAGUGCCAUAUUGUCGUAAGUUGAUUGAUGCGAAUAUGUUAACUCACGAAGAGAAGAAACAAUUGAACGAGUACAACCAAAGGAUAUGGGACUCGUUGGUCCAACUCAUCCAACCGCAAAGCAUUUCAUACAAGUGGUUAAAGAGGGAAGUUGCACCAUUCUAA